AUGUCUGUGCCCAACAAAUGUGGAAUAACUGUUCCUUUAAAACACAGAAUCAUGCCUCCUAGACGCCGUCCCCUCUAUGACUCUAAUCGUGUUCCCCGUCCUGAAAGAAAUGGUGAGGAGGAUCUGCCACCCCCACCUCCACCAACACCAUUCAAUGAUGGCAUACACCCAGCUUUAGUACAACUUAUAGUUGACACCACUAGGCAACUGGCUGAAGUAAUAUCACGAAUUCCACGACCCAAUGAACGAGCCGAACCUGUGGGUUGUUCAUUACGCGAUUUUGCUAGCUAUCACUUCCGAACUUUUGAAGGAACAGAAGGGCCGAAUGUUGCAGAGGCUUGGUUCACAGAUAUAGAUGUACUGUACACUACCCUCGGUUGUACAGAUGAGCAGAAGGUUCAGUACAUUGUGCUGCAGUUGACAGGCGAAGCUAAGAGAUGGUGGACUGCAAGGAAGGUGCUGCUUGGGGAAAGGACAGUAAUUACUUGGGAGAUGUUUAAGGAGGAAUACAAUCGACGGUUUUUCCCUCGAUCUCAGAGGCAACUACGAGCGAUAGAAUUCCAGAAUUUAGUCCAAGGUGACAUGACUGUAGAGCAAUAUUCCGCCAGAUUCAUGGAGUUAGCUCGGUUCGCAGCCAAUCUUAUCCCUGAAAAGGAAACGAAGGCAGAACGAUUCGAGAAUGGCCUCAACCCUCGCAUUAGAGAAAGGGUGAUUUGUCUGGAAAUAAAGGAAUACGCCAGAUUGGUAGAAGUGGCGUCCCUAGCUGAAAGAGGAAUACGAGAGUCAGCAGCUGCAUACGAAUUGAAGAAACGUUCGAAACAACCAAUGACGCGCCCCAUCAAAAGGCAAGCUGUUGGAAGUGGCUUCAAGCCUACCCUGGGAAAGAAUUUUUCGAAUCAGAAGGCCGUCUGCAGCAAAUGCGCAAGGACGCACCUAGGGGAUUGUAAGCAAGGAGCAUCCACAUGUUUUAGAUGUGGUAAGCCUGGGCAUUUUUUUAAGGAUUGCCCUAUGAAUGCUGCGGGAGGAGCGAAAUUUCAAGGAAGUGGAACUCAGGCACGCGUGUAUUCUCUUAUGCCCGGAGGAGAAGAAGGAGUCGAAGGUGAUGAAGAGGAUGCGGAUGUGGUAACAGGUACCAUCCCUCUUUUUGGUAAAGUAGUGAGUACUCUUUUUGAUUCAGGUGCAACGCAUUCUUUCAUAUCAUCUACAUACGUUAAAUUAUGUAGCAUGACUCCUCGACCCUUGAACCAAAGCAUAACUGUAUCCACACCUACUGGGAAUAUAGUCACUUGUAGGAAAUCCAUUGAGGAUUGCCCUAUCGUCAUAGGAGAUAGAGUCCUACCGGCAAACCUAGUUGUAUUUCAAAUGUUAGGUUUUGACGUAAUUCUAGGAAUGGACUGGUUGUUGAAGCACUAUGCCAAUAUCGACUGUAGAAAGAAAGAAGUUGUCUUUCGCUCUCCAAGCGAAGAGGAAUUCAAAUUCUGUGGAUCUCGAGUACGAGCCACUCCACCUCUUCUUUCUGCAAUUUAG